AUGGCAACCAGUUAUACUUCAGUAUCGCAACGUGAGCGUAAUGCUCAAGCUUUUUUUCCGAAUUCGGCUACGCACGCCGAUGAAUGUCGUUUCGUGUGUAUCUAUCCAGCUUAUAUAAAUGCAAAAAAAACACGAGCACAAGGUCGUCGAGUUGGCAAAGCAAAAGCUAUCGACAAUCCAUCGGUUAAUGAAAUACGGGAUAUUCUAGAGAAUGCUGGUUUAAAAGUCGUUGCAGAAGCGAAUCGUUUAUAUUGUCGUGAAGAAUCACGUGAACCGCAAUAUCGCGGCCGUGUUCGCGUUCAAUUAAAAAAUGCUGAUGGCAUAUUAUUGAAAGAACAAUUUAAAACAAAAGAUGAUUUAUUAUUUUAUCUUGUUGACAUGAUACCAAAAUUAAAAACACGCAGUGGCAAUCAACAGCAGCAGCAACAAAAUCAGCAAGGCGGCGGCAAGGGCAAGAAGCGUUAG